AGAUUAGUGCUGCAGCUCCUCCUCCCUUGUGUACUCUCACAUUUGGAGGCCCAUUCCUCCUUUCAGGGCACAGCACUAGGUGCACAAGGCGCUAUGGAUAACUGUUCUCCAGAACGGCCGGUGAUCCUCUGAAAAAUAAAUAUGAGAUCUCUCAUGAAGAUGUUUCCACAAUCAGGGAAAUCUAUUGUCUUUGACAAUUUUCCGGACCCCUCUGACACAUGGGACAUAGUGGAGACCAUUGGGAAGGGGACAUAUGGAAAGGUCUACAAAGUGCUCAACAAGGUGAAUGGAAGCAAGGCGGCCGUCAAGAUUCUGGAUCCAGUCCAUGACAUCGAUGAGGAAAUCGAGGCUGAAUACAGCAUACUCAGGGCUCUUUCGGACCACCCCAAUGUAGUCAAGUUUUUUGGGAUGUUCUACAAGAAGGAUGUAAAACUUGGGGAUCAAUUAUGGCUAGUUUUGGAGCUCUGUAAUGGUGGAUCGGUGACUGAUCUAGCCAAAGGCAUGCUGAAGAGGGGGGACCGAAUGGACGAGGCCAUAAUAGCGUACAUAUUACACGAAGCGCUCAUGGGGCUCCAGCAUUUACAUGCCAACAAGACCAUCCACCGUGACGUCAAGGGAAACAACAUCCUGCUGACCACUCAGGGAGGGAUUAAGCUGGUCGACUUUGGCGUGUCCGCUCAGGUGACCAACACGCGGCUGCGUCGGAACACCUCCGUGGGAACGCCAUUCUGGAUGGCCCCUGAGGUGAUUGCUUGUGAACAGCAGCUCGACUCGACCUAUGAUGCCCGCUGUGAUGUCUGGUCCCUUGGAAUCACUGCCAUUGAGCUGGGGGAUGGAGACCCUCCACUGGCCGACCUUCAUCCAAUGAGAGCGCUUUUCAAGAUCCCCAGGAAUCCUCCCCCAACACUGCACCAGCCAGAACUGUGGUCUGACGACUUUAAUAACUUCAUCUGCAAGUGCUUGAUAAAGGACUUUGAACUGAGACCAAACGUGUCUGACCUCCUGCAGCAUGCCUUCAUCAAACAGAUUGUGGGAAAAGAGCGAACCCUGCAGAAACAGCUGAUGGAGCUCAUCGACCUCAACCAGCAAAUGGGAGCUAUUGAGAAAACAAGCCUGCAUCAAAGGGCGGAGCAGCAGGACUGUCAGGACGGGCAUGAGCGUAUCCAUACUAAAAAGGGCAGCUACAUGAAGUCUGCAAGCACCUCCCUCGAUGACGUGGAGGACCUGGCCACCCUGGAGGUGCUGGAUGAAAAUAUUGUCACAGAUCAUUUGCAGAAGCGAUACUCGAAGGAUGAGAUUUACACCUAUGUGGGAGACAUUCUUAUUGCUGUCAACCCCUUUCAUAGUGUGGAUCUGUACAACCCAGAGUUCACAAAGAUAUACAUAGGAGCAAAGCGGACAGCAAACCCGCCCCAUGUCUUUGCUGUUGCUGACAUAGCCUACCAGUCCAUGGUGUCCUACAGCGCAGAUCAGUGCAUUGUCAUCAGUGGAGAGAGUGGUGCUGGGAAGACGGAGAGUGCCCACCUUCUGGUCCAGCAGCUGACAGUACUUGGAAAGGCAAAUAAUCGAACACUCCAGGAAAAGAUUAUCCUGGUCAAUAACCUGGUUGAGGCCUUUGGGAAUGCUUGCACUGUCAUCAAUGACAACUCCAGUAGGUUUGGGAAGUACCUGGAGAUGAAGUUCACUGGCGGGGGCACGGUAGUGGGAGCCCAGAUUUCCGAAUACCUCCUUGAGAAAUCCAGAGUCAUCCACCAAGCCUUAGGAGAAAGGAACUUCCAUAUUUUCUACUAUAUUUAUGCUGGCUUGGCUGAGAGAAAUAAACUGGCUCAUUACAAGCUGUCUGGUACCAAAACUCCAAGGUAUAUUCACAAUGAACAGGUAAAAUUGGUGCCUGACAUUGUGAGCAGUGCUUUCCAUAAGGAGCAGUUUGACUCAGUGGAGCAGUGCUUCAAAGUGAUUGGCUUUACGCUGGAGGAGCUCGGAAGUGUUUACAGCAUACUGGCUGCCAUCUUGAACGCUGGCGACAUCGAGUUCACCUCGGUGGCCUCUGAGCAUCAGACCGACAAAAGCAACAUCUCAAACAUUGGUGUGCUGGAGAACACGGCGUCACUGCUGUGCAUCCGCUCUGACGAGCUGCAGGAGGCGCUGACGUCCCACUGCGUGGUGACCCGCGGAGAGACCAUCGUCAGGCCCAACACGGUGGAGAAGGCCUCGGAGGUGCGCGACGCCAUGGGGAAGGCCCUGUACGGCCGCCUCUUCAGCUGGAUCGUCAACCGCAUCAACUCUCUGCUGAAGCCUGACAGCCAGCUGAGUGAGGAGGACAAGAGUCUGAAUAUUGGAAUCCUUGACAUAUUUGGGUUUGAAAAUUUCAAGAGGAAUUCCUUUGAGCAGCUGUGCAUCAACAUUGCCAACGAACAGAUCCAGUUUUACUUCAACCAGCAUAUAUUUGCCUGGGAGCAGGACGAGUACCUGAACGAGAGCGUGGACGCGCGCCUGAUCGAGUACGAGGACAACCGCCCCCUGCUGGACAUGUUCCUGCAGAAGCCCAUGGGCCUGCUGUCCCUGCUGGACGAAGAGAGCCGCUUUCCCCAGGCCACCGACCAGACGCUCGUAGAAAAGUUUGAGGACAACCUGAAGUCAAAGAACUUUUGGAGGCCGAAAAGAGUAGACCUGGGCUUCGGGAUCCAUCACUACGCUGGAAAGGUCAUCUACAACACAAGUGGCUUCCUAGCGAAGAACAGAGACACCCUGCCUGCCGAUAUCGUCCUGCUGCUCAGGUCCUCAGAAAACGACCUCAUCCGCAAGCUGGUCACUCACCCCCUGACUAAGACAGGAAACCUUGCUCACACCAAGGGUAAAGCGAUGGGGAGCACUCAUACGCAUACCCCCCAGCGCACUAUUAAGUUUGCCAAGAUGGGAAUGCUUGUGUUGUUGAGUUCACUGAGUUCAGUCAGUGAGGGUGAGAGUGGAGAGUCCACCCACCAUCCCAGAGAGACCACCAACAUGAGAACCCAAACGGUUGCAUCAUACUUCAGAUAUUCCCUCAUGGACCUGAUGUCUAAGAUGGUCGCGGGGCAGCCCCAUUUCGUCCGCUGCAUCAAGCCCAACAACGACCGGCAGGCCAACAAGUUUGACAGGGAGAAGGUCCUGAUCCAGCUGCGCUACACUGGCAUCCUGGAGACAGCCAAGAUCCGGAGGCAGGGCUACUCCCACCGCAUCCUCUUUGCUAACUUCAUAAAGAGGUACUGCAUCCUGGCCUUCCGAGCAAACGAGGACCCACCAGAGAGUCCUGAGACGUGUGCUGCCAUACUGGAGAAAGUCAAACUGGAGAACUGGGCCCUGGGGAAAACCAAAGUGUUCCUGAAGUACCACCACGUAGAGCAGCUGAACCUGAUGAUGAGCCGGACCAUCGAUGGGAUCAUCCUGCUGCAGGCCUGUGUGAGAGGCUGGCUGGGGGCGAAGAGGUACCGCAGGAUGCAAGAGAAGAGAGAGCAGAGUGCAGUCGUCCUGCAGUCCGCUUACAGGGGCCACAAAGUCCGCAGAGAGGUGAAUGGGGAUCGAAGCAAAGCCAAGACGGAGGCUUUCAUGAUCCAUUUUCAGGCUGUCUGCAGAGGCUACCUUGCAAGGAAGAUGUACAAAGAGUUGGUAGAUGAAAAGAAUAAAGCAGCUAUAAAGAUCCAGGCUCAUUACCGUGGACACAAAGAGAGGAAGAGCUUCAAAAAGAGAAAGGAAGCCAUGCAGAACAAAAAGCAGGAAGAAGGGAAUGUGGAGGAGGUGCAAAAUGAGGCCCUGUCUGAGGCCGUAAGCAGUGAGGAAGGAGGGCAGCUGGCAGAGGAGAACCACACAGAGGAGAAAAGUGCAGGAGAGAAAGGAGAGGGGCAGAAUGGAUCGGAGGAGGAAGAGACAAAAGCAGCCGUAGUGCUCCAGAGCAACUACAGGGGCUAUAGGGAGAGGAAGAAGUUUAAAGAGGGCCGUCAGGCCAAGGCAGGAGAUGCGAUCCCCACCGAGCCCCAGGGUCCGGGGGACCAGGGCGAGGACGAGGUGGAGCUAGCCGAGGAGGCGGCCGAGGCAGAGGAGGCCGCUGCCGCAGAGGACCCCACCGCCACCCAGGAACAGGAAGGGGGACAGGAAGCAGGAGGACUGGAAGUGAACCCUGACCAGGAAGCCAAAGCCGCCACUGUCAUCCAAAGCAACUUCCGGGGGCACAGGGAGCGGAAGAAGCUGGAGGAGGAGGGCAAGCUCCCAGCCAGGGGGAAGAAGGCCUCCCCCGAAAAAGACCAGCCGCCUCAGGAGCCCAAACAGGAGCCAGGUGAGGAAGCCCCUGAAGAGCCCCCUCAGGGUCCUCUGGAAGAACCCCCUGAGGAGCCUGCUCAGUCCCCAGAGAAGGAAGAAGAGAAGGAGAAGGCAGAGGAGGACAACGCAGGGCCGGCAGGAGGAGAGGACGAGGAGGCCAAAGCCGCCACCGUCCUCCAGAGCAACUUCCGUGGUCACAAGGAGCGCAAGCGGCUGCAGGAGGAAGGGAAACUUCCCAAAAAGAAAACGGCGGAAUCCGAAAAGAGCUCAGUGGACAAGGAGCAUGAGACAGGGGCUUCGGACCCGGGACCGGAGCCAGAGCCAAAGCCGGACCCAGAGGCCCCCAGUGUGGGUGCGGAGGUGGACGAGGAGAAGGCGGCCACAGUCCUACAGAGCAACUUCCGUGGGCACCAGGAGAGGAAGAGGCUGAAGGAGGAAAGAGAGGCGGGGAAACAGUCGGAUAAGAACGAAGAUGAGGACGAGGGCAUUUCGGAGCUUAACGGCGCUCAGUUAGAGCCUGAAGAGCCCAGUCCAGACGACCGGUUUGAGCAGGAGCAGGCUGCUGUGAAGAUCCAGAGCAACUUCCGCGGCUACAAGGACAGGAAGAACCUCAAGAUGUCUGCGGAGAAGGAGACUGAGGAGCUGGAAAGCUUUUCUGAACAAGUAAGCACAGCUUCAGAUAACUACUUGUCACUCCAGAAGAAGCUGAACGAGAUAAUCCUGGCUCAUCAGAUGAACCCCUCCAGUAAUGGCAUGUUCAUGAAAGGAACCCAAAUCAACGGAUACUUGGCUACCCAGCAACAAUCAGAUGAUCAGAAACAGGGCAGGAUGCCACGCAGAACACAGCAGCCAAAAACUCUCAAUACACCUGAAGACUCAACUUAUUACAAUCUGAUUCACAGGUCAGUCCAGGAUGAGAAACGAAGGCCCAGGAAUAAAAGUCCUGGGAAACUGGAGGAUAUGGAUGACCCGUACUACCAGGAGCUCUCCACCAGCAAGUCCAUGGGAAGCAUCCCGAGUGACAGCAGAACCUCAUCCACCAGGGCAAAGUCCAGCGUCAGGAAGUCAUCAACUGAGAGACCCGCCUCUGAGCCAGACAUGCCCAGACGCCCCAUUGACAAAAGGAACUCAUUACCCAGAAUGCCAUCAACUGAGAGCCAGGCUGAGGACAACCCCUAUGACUACAGAAAGCUUCUCAGGAAGACAUCUCAGAGACGGAGGCUUGUGACAUAAAGGAACAUGAAGCACAAAUCUGUCAUGAGGGGUUUCAGAUGCAAAAGCAAUAUUAGCCUGGUCUGGGGCUGUGUGUGUGCCUGUGUGUGUGUGUGCGCGUGUGUGCAUGCGUGUGUGUGUGUGUGCGCGCGUGUGUGUGUGUGUGUGUGUGGUGUAUGCUUGUGCACGUGUGUGAAGACUCAAUGUUAGAUUGCCUCAGUUGCUGGUUUAGACAAACAUCAUGGAGUUUGUGGACUCAUUGUUAGAGACUGAGAGCAGUCCUGGCAUAAUCAUUCCAUGGUACAUUGCAAUGGCAUCUAGAUGUAAUGUAAUUAUAUUUCUGAUUGUUUGAAAAAGCUGCAGAAAAAAGAUUGUGCAUAAUGCAUAAACCCACAACUAUCUUCUUUUUUUUCACUUCAUUGUAUUUAUAUUUUUGGUUUCAGGUUUAGCUUUUGCCUCUUUAUCAAAACAUUUUUAAAUGUUUGGAUUUACAACUUUAAGCGUGUAUAAUGCUAGAAUAUUUUCAAUUACUUGCAAAUAGAAUGGAGCCCAUUCCAAGAGAAUGUACUUUCUAAAAUUUAAAUAAACAAUGUAGUGGAAAGGUCACAAUAUAUAAAAUCUAGAUUUAUUCUGAAAGCUGUUUAGCUGUUUACUGUGCACGGUAGCUAUGCAUGUGCAGCCAUGUGCAUUCAGCACAGUGCAUGCCAGAAUUUGUAUUGGGAUGCAAAUGCAUUACGCAGUACCACGCCUUUCAAACAGGGGUGGCAAAUGUGGGAUUCUACUCCUUAAUAUUGAGACUAGAAUAAGAAUGGCUUCCUUUGUAAACACAGGGAUAAUAAACUUCAUCAUUUUUCUUGCUGACUGUUAGCUGAAAUACCUGUCCCGUUGAAGUUACAGGGUUUACCCCUCCACCCAAUGGUGAGGUGGCCAAUGUGCUACAUGUGUACGCUUUAGUAUGCAAUGAGGAUUGAAUGUGUCAUGCACAUCUGUUGGAAAGUACAUACUUAUGUUAAAUAUCAGGCCUUACAAAGCAAAAGGUGGCCUUUGGGUUUUGUACAUACUUUAUAUGCAUCUCUGUAAAAGCCAAACAUGAGUGUGGUGUAGUGGAUUUGGAGAGAUGCGAUUCCACUGUGUACUGUAAAUUUCAUGGCUGUAAUGUAAUUAUCCAACAAGUUUUGACAUAACGUUUGCAAUGGACUCUUAAUGUUCUGAUGUAAUACACUGACUGCUUUAUCACGUUUGACUUGAAUGGCUGCUCAUAGUAUGUCCUCUAAAUACAUUAUUUAUUAUA